AGAGGCGGAAAAAAAAAGGUCAAAAGUGUAGCCGUAGCAACCGUGAUCCGCCUCCGCCUCCCAAGCGCCAUUCUCAGACCGCCACCGCUCCCCGCCGGCGAACCCUCCCCCGCCGAAGCACGGCCGCCACGCCACGCCACCUCGAAGGGUCAAUAAACUAGCACCACCAACUCAGGAGGACCUGAUAGCAGCUCAAUCAGUGGAUGUGAAUAUUCUGCGUCCCAUUUAAGUUCUGCUUGAGAUGGCAGUUGGGAUGACAUCUCACCUCUUCCAGGGAGGGACUACUACCAGCAGAUUUAGCCAAAUCAACAAAUUUAGAAGCCCGGAGAAGCGUUGUUCUCUCUCCUUGCCAUCCAAUUCGUUUCCUUCAGUUGCUUAUGGGCAAGAUUCAUUGGUUCAGAACGUGUUGGAGAGGAGCUACAGGCCCAUGCUUUAUGUGCCUUGUAGAUAUAGGGCCUCAGGUGCUAAAUCUUUUGCUUUGCCAGUGUCUUGGAAGGAAAUUCCGCUGGUCAGGAGCACUUCAUCAGCAUUGGCUAGGUCGUGUGACAGUUUACUUGAAAAUCCUGCCACUGCCCUUGUGGCACCUGCAGUUGGAAUAAUUGUCUUUGCUCUAUGGGGCUUUUUGCCUCUAGUGAAGGACAUUAGAAACCGUAUUGAUCACGGAGGAAACUGGAAACAGAGCCCCACAUACCUAAUUUCUAGGUCCUACCUUCAACCUUUGCUUCUUUGGACAGGAGCAACACUAAUCUGCAGGGGUUUGGAUCCAGUUGUGCUACGUUCAUCAGCAAGCCAAGCUGUAAAAACACGUCUUGUAACUUUUGUGAGAUCUUUAUCUACCGUUCUGGCUAUUGCAUAUGUUCUUACAAGCUUGAUUCAGCAGGUACAUAAAUUCCUAGUGGAUGUGCGUAACCCCAAUGACACAAAAAAAAUGGGUUUGGAUUUUACCGUGAAAGCUAUUUAUACUGGCAUUUGGAUUGCUGCUGUUUCUCUCUUUAUGGAGUUGCUGGGUGUCAAUACCAAGAAGUGGAUAACUGCUGGAGGUUUUGGGACAGUAUUGCUUACGCUUGCUGGUCGUGAGAUUUUGACUAACUUCAUCUCGAGUGUUAUGCUCAACGCCUCACGCCCAUUUGUUGUGAACGAAUGGAUCACGGCAAAAAUAGAUGGUGUUGAGAUCACUGGUGUUGUUGAGCGUGUUGGUAUGUGGUCUCCAACAGUUAUUAGAGGUGACGACAAAGAAGCUAUAUACAUUCCUAACCAUAAGUUCACAGUGUCCAUAGUGAGAAAUAACACUCGAAGGAGCCAUUGGCGUAUUAAGACUUAUCUUGCGAUAAGCCACAUGGAUGCUGGAAAAAUUAGUAUAAUUGUUGCGGAUAUGAGAAAAGUCUUGGCUAAAAAUCAUCAUAUAGAACAACAGAGGCUACAUAGAAGAGUAUUUUUUGAGAAAAUUGACGAAACGACCCAAGCUCUCAUGAUUUACAUAUCCUGCUUUGUGAAGACUUCACAUUUUGAGGAGUUCCUUAAUGUCCAGGAAGAGGUUAUGUUGGAUUUUCUUAGAAUAGUUGGCCAUCACAGGGCAAGGCUUGCUACCCAAACACGAACGGUCCAGAAAUCAUAUGGCAACGCAGACAUAGAUAACAUUCCUUUUGGAGAGGAGAUGUACAAUCGUGUCCGUGGCCGCCCACUUCUGAUUGACACCUCUGCAAAGGUCAGUGAAGGCAAGUCUAAAUCUAGAUCAACCUCACGUGAAGAGCAGAGAGUAAAGACAAGCGCAUCGGCUGAGACGAGGUCAGGUUCACCAGAUAGUGCUAGUGUAAGCAACUCUGAUAAGAAGGAACAGAGAAAAGGGGAGCCAUCUCUGGCUGGUAAAGGGGAGCCUCGAGGAUCCGAUGCCACGGAGCGACAAGGAGAUGGGUCAGUUUCUCUUCCUAAUCCUAAGAAAGAAUCUAGACCUGCCCUGGAAGAUAACAUUGUUCUAGGUGUAGCACUUGAGGGCUCCAAGAGGACACUCCCCAUUGAAGGAGGAAAAGAUCCUCAUGCAUCCGAGAGCGAGCAAGGCACAGUUGAGGUUGGCUCAUUGCCCAAGGAUAAGAAAGGUCAAAGCCAUAUACCAUGAGGUAGGCCAAUCAAGUCAUCGGGAGAAGGCCGGCCACAUGAACUUUGAUUCUUGACAGGCGAUACAAGCUCAAGCAGGGUCCUUGCCAGGGAUUCGUCACCAUGCCUACCUUUUUGUGUGCUGGUGCAAAUGCUAUCUGUCGCGUCUUUCAAUUUUUGUAAAUCUUUGCUGAUGCCUCCUUGUUUGGUAAGGAACCUGUUAGUCAAUAAGAUGUAGCCUAGUCAUUGAUUAUGCUCCCUGCGUACGGACAUCAUCUUGCACGUAUGGUGUAGCGUAUCAAACAUAAAUUGAGCCGACAUGCGUCGGCGUUUCAUAUUAUCUGCGUUGCGGCUGCCUCAUUCUGACUUUGUGGGACAAUCUUAGGCAUGUUUGAAAUGGUGGUCGCACCAGCAUUGUGUUC